AGUGCUCAAACCUGUGUGGGGAGUUGCUGCACAAGCUGACAAGAUGUUAAGAACGCUGAUAUUGGUGACGUUGCUGGGAUAUGUCGUUCCGGCGGCUGUUAUGCAGAGAUGUGAGGAAUGUGCACCUCCUCCGCCGCCUCCCAAACGUUGUCACUGGGCAAAAAGUACGCCGAGCGAAUGCUGCCCUUCAAAACUGGUGUGUGAAGAACCUCUGACUGCCUGUCGUUCAGGAGCAAAAGUGGCUAAAUAUUGUCCAGAUUCACUCUGUGAUGACACAACCUGUAAGGGUCACCCUCAUGCGAAGUGUCUGAUCAGUAGAUGUGGAGGCUGUUCUGUCAAGUUCUAUAAGCACGAUGAACUUGUAAAAUGUGCAGGACAUAAUAAAGAAAUCAAACCAAUCUGUCCUUAUCUUCCUGUUGCCACCUGCGAGAAUUCACCAUGUAUGUAUGGUAAAUGUAAGGCUGAACCAAGUGCUCCUUGUCGAGUUGACUUCUGUCAGCCAUGUACAGCAGUGUUUCAUGAUGAAAACAAUAAAGAGAUGCAAUGUUCCCCAUCUGUUGAUACUGAACCGCUGCCAGACUUUGAGUUAGACGGAGAAACAGAACCUCUUCAAAAAGAUUCUAAACCACACGGGGAGACAGAACCAGCUCAAGAAGAAUUUGGACAACAACAUAGUAAACCGACACAAGGGGAAGCAAUAUCACAUGAGGAAAGUGAACCAGCACAAGAAGAACCUGACCAAGAACAGAAUAAACCAACACUGGGAGAAACUGUACAUCAACAAGAGAAUGAACUAGUACAACGGGAAACCGAAUCAGUGGAAGAGAUUGAACCAUCAACUGGAGCAGUUGAAUCACAAGAGGAAAGUGAACCAGUGGGAAAAGUCGAACCAUCAACUGGAGCAGUUGAAUCACAAGAGGAAAGUGAACCAGUGGGAGAAGUCGAACCAUCAACUGGAGCAGUUGAAACACAAGAGGAAAGUGAACCAGUGGGAGAGAUCAAACCAUCAACUGGGGAAAGUGAACCAACACAAGAAGAACCUGACCAAGAACAGAAUAAACCAACACUGGGAGAAACUGUACAUCAACAAGAGAAUGAACUAGUACAACAGGAAACCGAAUCAGUGGAAGUGAUUGAACCAUCAACUGGAGCAGUUGAAUCACACGAGGAAAGUGAACCAGUGGGAGAGAUCGAACCAUCAACUGGGGAAAGUGAACCAGCACAAGAAGAACCUGACCAAGAACAGAAUAAACCUACACUGGGAGAAACUGUACAUCAACAAGAGAAUAAACUAGUACAACGGGAAACCGAAUCAGUGGAAGAGAUUGAACCAUCAACCGGAGCAGUUGAAUCGCAAGAGGAAAGUGAACCAACACAAGAAGAACCUGACCAAGAACAGAACAAACCAACACUGGGAGAAACUGUACAUCAACAAGAGCAUGAACUAGUACAACAGGAAACCGAAUCAGUGGAAGAGAUUGAACCAUCAACCGGAGCAGUUGAAUCGCAAGAGGAAAGUGAACCAACACAAGAAGAACCUGACCAAGAACAGAACAAACCAACACUGAGAGAAACUGUACAUCAACAAGAGAAUGAACUAGUACAACAUGAAACCGAAUCAGUGGAAGAGAUUGAACCAUCAAUUGGAGCAGUUGAAUCACAAGAGGAAAGUGAACCAGUGGGAGAGAUCGGACCAUCAACUGGGGAAAGUGAACCAACACAAGAAGAACCUGACCAAGAACAGAACAAACCAACACUGGGAGAAACUGUACAUCAACAAGAGAAUGAACUAGUACAACAUGAAACCGAAUCAGUGGAAGAGAUUGAACCAUCAAUUGGAGCAGUUGAAUCACAAGAGGAAAGUGAACCAGUGGGAGAGAUCGGACCAUCAACUGGGGAAAGUGAACCAACACAAGAAGAACCUGACCAAGAACAGAAUAAACCAACACUGGGAGAAACUGUACAUCAACAAGAGAAUGAACUAGUACAACAGGAAACCGAAUCAUUUGAAGAGAUUGAACCAUCAACUGGGGAAAGUGAACCAGCACAAGAAGAACCUGACCAAGAACAGAACAAACCAACACUGGGAGAAACUGUACAUCAACAAGAGAAUGAACUAGUACAACGGGAAACCGAAUCAGUGGAAGAGAUUGAACCAUCAACUGGAGCAGUUGAAUCACAAGAGGAAAGUGAACCAACACAAGAAGAACCUGACCAAGAACAGAACAAACCAACACUGAGAGAAACUGUACAUCAACAAGAGAAUGAACUAGUACAACAUGAAACCGAAUCAGUGGAAGAGAUUGAACCAUCAACUGGAGCAGUUGAAUCACAAGAGGAAAGUGAACCAACACAAGAAGAACCUGACCAAGAACAGAACAAACCAACACUGGGAGAAACUGUACAUCAACAAGAGAAUGAACUAGUACAACGGGAAACCGAAUCAGUGGAAGAGAUUGAACCAUCAACUGGAGCAGUUGAAUCACAAGAGGAAAGUGAACCAACACAAGAAGAACCUGACCAAGAACAGAACAAACCAACACUGGGAGAAACUGUACAUCAACAAGAGAAUGAACUAGUACAACGGGAAACCGAAUCAGUGGAAGAGAUUGAACCAUCAAUUGGAGUAGUUGAAACACAAGAGGAAAGUGAACCAACACAAGAAGAACCUGACCAAGAACAGAACAAACCAACACUGGGAGAAACUGUACAUCAACAAGAGAAUGAACUAGUACAACAGGAAACCGAAUCAGUGGAAGAGAUUGAACCAUCAAUUGGAGUAGUUGAAACACAAGAGGAAAGUGAACCAACACAAGAAGAACCUGACCAAGAACAGAACAAACCAACACUGGGAGAAACUGCACAUCAACAAGAGAAUGAACUAGUACAACGGGAAACCGAAUCAGUGGAAGAGAUUGAACCAUCAACCGGAGCAGUUGAAUCACAGGAGGAAAGUGAACCAGUGGGAGAGAUCGAACCUCAAACAGCUAAAUCAGAAGAAGUGGGACAUUACUGCGUUGACGGAGAGACAUGGAAAGAUGGAUGCGCGGAUUGUCAGUGUGUUAAUGGUUUUCCUACUUGCUUUUGGGUAGGGUGUGGAACCUUUCAAGUACCUGAAGGUAUAAUAUGUAAUGUACGACCAGGAACAGAAAAUGAUUGUUGCCCAAAAUAUGAUUGUGAAGAGGUGGAAAGUCACUGCGUUGACAAGGAGGGAAAGGAGUAUGCUGAGGGAGAGCAAUGGAAAGAGGGAUGCGAGGAUUGCGAGUGUAGCAAUGGUAUUCCUUCUUGCAAAUUAAUACCAUGUGCACUCUUUAUGCCACCUGAGGGUACACAAUGUAAAGUGCGACCAGGAACAGAAAAUGACUGUUGCCCACAAUUUGAUUGUGAAGAAGUGGAAAAUCACUGCGUCGAUAAGGAGGGAAAGAAGUAUGCUGACGGAGAGAAAUGGAAAGAGGGAAAAUGCGGGAUGGACUGUCAGUGUAGCAAUGGUGUUCCUUCUUGCUAUUCCAAGGGGUGUUCUCUCUUCACAGUAGGGUUGGGUGUACGAUGUAAAGUACGACCAGGAACUGAAGAAGACUGUUGCCCACAACAUGAUUGCGAACAGGUGGAAAGUUACUGCGUUGACAAGGAGGGAAAGGAGUAUGCUGAUGGAGAGAAAUGGAAAGAGGGAUGCGUGGAUUGCGAGUGUAGCAAUGGUAUUCCUUCUUGCAAAUUAAUACCAUGUGCACUCUUUAUGCCACCUGAGGGUACACAAUGUAAAGUACGACCAGGAACAGAAAAUGACUGUUGCCCACAAUUUGAUUGUGAAGAUGUGGGAAGUCACUGCGUUGACAAGGAGGGAAAUAAGUAUGCUGAGGGAGAGAAAUGGAAAGAUGGAUGCGCAGAGUGUGAGUGUUUGACUGGUUUCAGUCAUAUUUGCAAAUCCACAUCGUGUCCAAUCUAUGAAGUACUUGAGGGUUCAGUAUGUAAAGUACGACCAGGAACUGAAGAAGAUUGUUGCCCACAAUAUGAUUGUGAAGAGGUGGAAAGUCACUGCGUUGACAAGGAGGGAAAGAAGUAUGCUGAUGGAGAGAAAUGGAAAGAGGGAUGCGUGGAUUGCGAGUGUAGCAAUGGUAUUCCUUCUUGCAAAUGUGCACUCUUUAUGCCACCUGAGGGUUGUAAAGUACGACCAGGAACAGAAAAUGGCUGUUGCCCACAAUUUGAUUGUGAAGAUGUGGGAAGUCACUGCGUUGACAAGGAGGGAAAUAAGUAUGCUGAGGGAGAGAAAUGGAAAGAUGGAUGCGCACAGUGUGAGUGUUUGACUGGUUUCAGUCAUAUUUGCAAAUCCACAUCGUGUCCAAUCUAUGAAGUACUUGAGGGUUCAGUAUGUAAAGUACGACCAGGAACUGAAGAAGAUUGUUGCCCACAAUAUGAUUGUGAAGAGGUGGAAAGUCACUGCGUUGACAAGGAGGGAAAGAAGUAUGCUGAUGGAGAGAAAUGGAAAGAGGGAUGCGUGGAUUGCGAGUGUAGCAAUGGUAUUCCUUCUUGCAAAUUAAUACCAUGUGCACUCUUUAUGCCACCUGAGGGUACACAAUGUAAAGUACGACCAGGAACAGAAAAUGACUGUUGCCCACAAUUUGAUUGUGAAGAUGUGGGAAGUCACUGCGUUGACAAGGAGGGAAAUAAGUAUGCUGAGGGAGAGAAAUGGAAAGAUGGAUGCGCACAGUGUGAGUGUUUGACUGGUUUCAGUCAUAUUUGCAAAUCCACAUCGUGUCCAAUCUAUGAAGUACUUGAGGGUUCAGUAUGUAAAGUACGACCAGGAACUGAAGAAGAUUGUUGCCCACAAUAUGAUUGUGAAGAGGUGGAAAAUCACUGCGUCGACAAGGAGGGAAAGAAGUAUGCUGACGGAGAGAAAUGGAAAGAGGGUAAAUGCGGGCCGGACUGUCAGUGUAGCAAUGGUGUUCUUUCUUGCUAUUCCAGUGGGUGUUCUAUCUUUUUAGUAGGUGAGGGUACACAAUGUAAAAUACGACCAGGAACUGAAGAAGAUUGUUGCCCACAAUAUGAUUGCGAAGAGGCUCCAUCUAACAAACCAUGUAUUGAUGCCAAUGGAAACACGCGUAAGCAUAGAGAGGAAUAUUUUUUGGGAAAAUGUGAUCCUUGCGUCUGCAUUGAUGGUAUCCCUGUGUGUGCAGUUGUAGAUUGCGUCCAUCACCCUCCAGUCUCGCCCUUUGAAAUCUGCCAUGUGAGGCCUCGAACAGAGGACCAAUGCUGUCCAGAGUAUGAUUGCACAGUAAAGCGAGAACGUAGAAAAUCAGUAGGAGCCAAUCAACAUGAGGUCAUUGAUCAACCAGAAGAGAUUGAUCAACCAACAGACAUCAAUCAAGCAGGAUAUACUGAACAACCAGAUAUUGCAGGUAUUGAGCAACCAAUUGAAACUGAGCAACUAGUGGAUAGUGAACAUGAAGAUAGUGAACAACCUUUGGUUAUAGAACAUACAGUAGGUGAACAAAAUCCCUCUUCCAAGCUAGACUGUUCAACUGUGCGUUGCAAACUGGCAAGAACCAAGCUCCCGCCUCUGUGCCGAUCGAUUGUUUUACCAGGGGAAUGUUGUGCUGAUGGUAUGGUGUGUGAAGAACCUCUUUCUGAUUGCCCAAUCGCUGUGAGUGUCCCAGAAUCCUGUCCUGAUGAUCUGUGUUUGAAGGCAACCUGCGAGAGUCACCCUGAAGCUAAAUGCAUCAUCAGUCGCUGUGGAGGAUGCUUUACCAAGUUCUUUGAUGAUAGUGGCACAGUUAUUGAGGAAUGCAGCAAGGAUUUUGCCAAUAAAACCGAGAUGUGUCCACCACCCCCAUUAAGCUUUUGGUGUAUUUCACCUCCUUGUGCAUAUGGGCAACAUUGUAAAGCAUAUCCAGACGCUAUUUGUCAUUCCACUUACUGCAGCAUAAAGUGUGGUCUUCCUGAGAUAUUCCAUGAUAAAUACAACAACGAGAUCAAGGAUUGCUCUAUUGAGGGCUUCAAGAACAAAUGUGAAGAAAUGGGUCCCUGCGAAGAUCCCCCAGAAGGCGUUCUUCCUGAUAACUCUCUCUGCCGAUGGAUUGUCCAACCAGAAGAAUGCUGCCCUCGGGAUUUUGGUCCUAAUGGUUUUGUGUGUGAAGAGCCAAUAUCAGCUUGCGGUGAUGGAGUCAAUACAUUGCAACUAGACUGUCCAGAUGACUUGUGCCAGAGAGCAACAUGUGAGAACCACCCUGGUGCUAAAUGUAAGAUCAGUCACUGUGGAAAAUGCCACACUGUCUUCUACGACAACGAUGGUAACAAGGUGGACUGCGGAAACGACCCUGUGGAAAGUGAUACAUACUGCCCACGAAAUGAAUGGGGGCGUUGUUCAGAACCUGCGUGUCCCCUCCCCAUACUACCACUGCCUGGGUUGAUAUUGAUAUGUCCCAGGUGCUUCUUGGACUGGUGUGAUUCUUGCAAGGCAUAUAACUUUGAUGCAGAGUUUAAACUAAUGGAUUGUGACAAAGAACCUUGCCAAUGUACAAUGUUAAUUGAAGGUACUGAACAACCAGUUGAUAUUGAACAACCAGUGGUUAGUGAACAAGAAGAUAGUGAACCACCAAUAGUUAUGGAACAUUCAGUAGGUCAACAAAAUAUGGGAGGUAUUGAACAUCAAGUUGAUACUGAACAACUAGUGGAUAGUGAACAAGAAGAUAGUGAACAACAGUUAGUUAUUGAACAUACCGUAGGUGAACAAAAUCCAUCUUCCAAGCUAGACUGUUCAACUGUGCGUUGCAAAUUGGCAAGAACCAAGCUCCCCCCUCUGUGCCGAUCGAUUGUUUUACCAGGGGAAUGUUGUGCUGAUGGUAUGGUGUGUGAAGAAUCUCUUUCUAAAUGCCCAAUCGCUGUGAGUGUCCCAGAAUCUUGUCCUGAUGAUCUGUGUUUGAAGGCAACCUGCGAGAGUCACCCUGAAGCUAAAUGCAUCAUCAGUCGUUGUGGAGGAUGCUUUACUAAGUUCUUUGAUGAUAGUGGCACAGCCAUUGAGGAAUGCAACAAGGAUUUUUCGGAUUUGAUCAGCUGUCCACCACUACCAGAUACCAUAUCUUGUGUUUCACCUCCUUGUGCAUAUGGGCAACAUUGUAAAGCAUAUCCAGACGCUAUUUGUCAUUCCACUUACUGCAGCAUAAAGUGUGGUCUUCCUGAGAUAUUCCAUGAUAAAUACAACAACGAGAUCAAGGAUUGCUCUAUUGAGGGCUUCAAGAACAAAUGUGAAGAAAUGGGUCCCUGCGAAGAUCCUCCAAAAGGAGUUCUUCCUAUGUUCUGCCGAUGGAUUGUCCAACCAGAAGAAUGCUGCCCUCGGGAUUUUGGUCCUAAUGGUUUUGUGUGUGAAGAGCCAAUAUCAGCUUGCGGUGAUGAAGUCAAUACAUUGCAACUAGACUGUCCAGAUGACUUGUGCCAGAGAGCAACAUGUGAGAACCACCCUGGUGCUAAAUGUAAGAUCAGUCACUGUGGAAAAUGCCACACUGUCUUCUACAACUGCAAUGGUAACAAGGUGGACUGUGGAAACAACCCUGUGGAAAGUGAUACAUUCUGCCCAACAAACUUUUGGGGGAGGUGUGCGGAACCUGCGUGUCCAAUUCCCCCACCACCACAGCCUGGGUUGAUAUGUCCCAGGUGUUUCUUGGACUGGUGUGAUUCUUGCAAGGCAUACAACUAUAAUGCAGAGUUUAAACUAAUGGAUUGUAACAAUGAAUCUUGCCACUGUAUCAUGUCACAAGUUAUUGAACAACCAGUUGACAAUGAACAACUAGUGGAUGAACAAGAAGAUAGCAAACAACCAAUAGUUAUGGAGCAUUCAGUAGGUGACAAAAUGAUACAUUGAAACAAUUAGUCCUUAUCCGGUUGAAGACUUCAGACAUCAUGAUUGUUUGAUGAAGAUUUAACAAGAUAUCGCUCAUCCAUUGAUUGCAGUUUUGUUCUUCUUUUUGUUUUAUUUAAUUUGAAAUGUUUUUUUCAAAUACAUUUGUACAUGUACACAUUUAAAAAACUUUCUAUGGGGAAGGGUUAACUUAAUUCAGUAUCUCACUUGAUUUUAUGAAUUUUAACUCGUUGGCUUUAUGACUCUCGUUGUUCUUUAAUGACCUGCAUUGUUUGGUGACUAGAUUAUUUAUUUUACCGUUUGAAGACUAUUUUGGGGUCUGUUAUAGUUAUAAGACACUUCUUUUGAGUAACAUGAAAAUAUUUCGGGAAUGGAAUUAGGCGAGACAAGACUUUUUCAGACUACUUAAUUACCCUUUUUGCUGUUUUUUUCUAAGUGAAAAAAAAACAACCUGGAAA